GGGACACCAACUCAUCGCCUGUCCGUUCCAAGACAGCGACUUGUUCUCGAUGCGACGUGCCUAGCAGAAGCACAGACUCCAACCUUCGCACAAUGCUCGGUGCCGUGGCUCUCAGUCUCGCACUCGCCGCAGUGCUCUCCUACCUGGUGCUGGAGCUCCCCCGGCUGCGUCAAACCUGGCGGCUGUGGUCGCACCGCUCGCAGCUGCCGCCGGGGCCCAAGACAAUCAAGACGGGCAUCCGCAAGCCGUGGCUGUGGUUCCGCGAGCUCAACCAGCAGUAUGGCGACGUGGUGUACCUGCAGAUGGGCCCCACGCCGACCAUCAUCCUCGGGUCCGCCCAGGCGGCCUGGGACCUGCUCGAGAAGCGCGGCGCCAUCUACUCGUCGCGGCCGCGCUUCAUCAUGGGCGGCGAGCUGCUGUCGAACGGCAUGCGCGGCCUGAUGGCGCCCUACUCGGCCUUCUGGCGCCGCUGGCGCAAGCUGCUGCACAGCGGCUUCAUGCAGCGCCAGAGCGAGGCCUACCGCCCCAUCCAGAGCCUCGAGUCCAAGGUGCUCAUGCACGAGCUGCUCACCGACCCCGCCCGCUUCCGCACCCACCUGGCCCGCUACGCCGCCUCGGUCAUCGUGACCGUCACGUACGGGCGCCGGGUCGAGGACGUGGACACCGACGCCGUGGUGCGCAUGAACGACGAGGCCAUGGACCGGCUGACCUCGGUCAACAUCCCCGGCAAGUACGCCGUCGAGCGGUACCCGGCGCUCAAGUACGUGCCCAGCAUCUUCGCGCCGUGGAAGGCGCAGGUGCUCGAGCAGCGCAAGAAGGACAUCCAGAUGUACACGGGGCUCAUGGACGACGUCCGGAAGCGCCUGGCCGCCGGCAAGCUGCCGGACUGCUUCGCCAAGCACCUGCUGGACGAGCAGCACAACCUGGGCAUGUCCGACCUCGAGGUUGCCUACACCGCCGGGACGCCGUUUGGCGCGGGCGUGGAAACGUCGGCCGGCUCGCUCGCCAGCUUCUUGCUCGCGUGCGUCAAGUUCGGCGACAGCUUCAUUCCCAAGGCGCAGGCCGAGCUCGACCGGGUGGUGGGGCCCGACAGGCUGCCGACGUUUGACGACCUGCCGUCGCUCGAGUACGUGCGGGCCGUCGUCUCCGAGACGCUCCGGUGGCGGCCGGUGGCCGUCCUGGGCGGCACGCCGCAUGCCACGACCGCCGACGACGUGUAUAAGGGCAUGUUCAUCCCGAAGGGCAGCACCGUCAUCGCGCCGCUGUGGAGCAUCCAUCUCAACGAGGCCGACUUCCCCGAGCCGCACGAGUUCCGGCCGGAGCGCUUCAUCGGGGAGCGCAAGUACCCCGGCACCCUGGGCCACAGCGCCUUUGGCUGGGGCCGCCGCAUCUGCCCCGGCAUGCAUCUCGGGUCGGCCUCGGUGGCCAUCAACGUCGCCCGGAUCCUUUGGGCUUUCGACGUGAGGCCGGCGCUGGACGAGAAGGGGAACAAGAUCGAUGUCGACAUCUUCGCGUUCUCCGACGGCUUCAACUCGAGCCCUCUGCCGUUCGCAUGCUCCAUCACCCCACGCUCGAAGCGGCAUGCGAGCGUGGUCGAGCGCGAGUACAGGGACGCCAACCGGGAAUUGCAGCAGUACACCGCCGCGACCAAGCUGUCAUGACGUAUACAGAGGCACGCUCGCGAGCAAGACGUGAGACUCCGUGGGGCUGGGUAUCCUCCGAGGAAUCCUUGUAGCUGUCGCCUCUCAGGAUAAUCGGACGUCGAAUACGGCUGAGGCCAGCGUAUCUAGCUAGCGAGGGUAUGUAUCAAACAUGGCUGAUUCAGCUUAGAAUAGAAUAUGUCUUACGAGCUUAACGAUUGUCUUUGGGGCCAUUGUUCGACAGUAAGGAGGCAACAAACGGAAACCCCUGCAGCAAUCUUAUGCCCUAGAUCCUGGAAAAUUAAUCCAUCAAGUUCAACAAUCACAGCACCCGUACCUUUGCAAACGGAAAAUCAGGCUCCCGGAACACCUUCUCGUGGGCCGACAUCCCCCUGAGAUC